AUGAAGAUGGGAGGAACUUGCCUGGGUCUGACAGCUGUCCAGCACUUGCUGGCUCUGGGACACAGGCACUUUUCAGACGAAUGGAGAAACACGAUGAAUUGCAGAAACUUCAGACUAUUUGUUUGCCUUGUAGGGUUCAGCUGUGCUAGCUUCUGGGUUUUUUACAACUUUUUGCCCAAAUUCUGUAUAUUCUGUGAAAAAGGACAAUAUUAUAUGUUCCCCAUAGCGACUUUUAGGAAAAUUGAAGGAAACUUCUCACAGCUCCCAGAUAUAGACUGCCAUAAGAACCCACCUUUCCUUGUCCUUCUUGUGACAUCCUCGUACCACCAGGCUGACGCCAGGAUGGCCAUCCGGCAAACCUGGGGGAAGGAGAGAACAGUUGCUGGCAAGCGCCUGGUGACAUAUUUCCUCCUGGGAAGCACUGUGAAUCUCAGCCAGCAGGCUGAUAUUGCUGCUGAAAGCCAAAAAUACAAAGACAUUAUUCAAAAGAAUUUUACAGACACGUAUUACAAUUUGACUUUGAAGACCAUGAUGGGAAUUGAAUGGAUUCACAGAUUUUGUUACCAGUCCAGCUUUGUGAUGAAAACGGACACAGAUGUGUUUGUCAAUGUUUUUUACCUCACUGAGCUGCUUCUAAGGAAAAAGAGGACCACUAGAUUCUUCACAGGCUUUUUAAAACUGCGAGAGAACCCUAUACGGAUAAUCGAGAGUAAGUGGUACGUGAGCAGAGAAGAGUAUCCGGGAAGCACCUACCCACCAUUUUGUUCGGGGACCGGCUAUGUUUUAUCCACCGAUGUUGCUAGUCAGAUCUACAAUAUUUCAGAGAGUGUUUCAUUCAUUAAACUGGAGGAUGUAUUCAUAGGACUGUGCCUUGGCAAAUUAAAAAUUCAUCCAGAGGAGCUUCAUUCAGAGCAGACAUUUUUUCCAGAAAGGAUUACGUUCUCUCUUUCUCGCUUGAAGAAAAUUGUGAUGUGCCAUGAAGUAGAACCGUCUGAGCAGCUGAGCUAUUGGAAUCACUUAGUGACAGAAAAUUAUGGAGGAGUGCUCUAG